AUGGCGUGCUGUCACAAGGUGAUGAUGCUGGUGGACACCGCGGGUGGCGCCGCUCGCCAGAGCCCGGUCCGGCGGGCCGCCCUGCGCCUCCUCACUUACCUGAGUUGCCGAUUCGGCCUAGGAAGGGUACACUGGGCCUUCAAGUUCUUUGACUCGCAGGGGGCGCGCAGCCGGCCCUCCCGCGGGUCUGACUUCCGCGAGCUGGGGGCCCGCUCCUGGGAGGACUUCGAAGAGGAGCUGGAGGCCAGGCUCGGGGACCUGGCCCAUGGGGCUCACCUGCCGGGCCCGGCGCCCAGGGCCACCCUGACGCACAGCGCCCUGAUGGAGACGCUGUUGGACUACCAGUGGGACCGGCCCGAGAUCACGUCUCCUACCAAGCCGUUCCUGCGGAGCCGCGGGAGGAGGCUGCUGGACGUGGAGAGCGAGGCCAAGGAAGCCGAAAGUGCGCUGGGCGGCGGCUUUGUGAACGCCGUCUUCCUCCUGGCCCCCUGUCCGCGCUCGCACCGGGAGCUGCUGCAGUUCCUGGCGGGGUGCGAGGCCCAGGCCCAGACCCAGCCGCUGCCACCCACUCCCAAGCAGGUGAUGGAGAAGCUGCUGCCCAAGAGAGUCCAGGAAGUCAUGAUCGCCCGAAAGAUCACCUUGUACUGGGUGGACACCAUCGAAUUGGCUAAGUUGUGGGAGUCUCCAGACCACGUUGGGUUCCAGACAGUGUGUGAAAUUCUCCACAAUGUUGGAGGUACUGUCUUGCCAUUGGAAACAUUCAGCCAGGAUUUCCCUAAAGCUGGGCGAACACAGCUCAGCGGUGACAUCAAGCUCUCAAAUGAACAUCAACUCUCUCCGUGGACUUCAACUUUACCAACAGAUUCCACUUUAAACCGUUUGCUUUACAACUCUCGGGAAUAUGGAGCAUCAUUUCCACAGAUAGAAGGAACACUACUUCUCCCCAUUAAAGGCAAAGAGAAUCAAGAAACAUGUGCAGUCACUCUAGAGCCCUUGACCGUGCAUCAGAGCCAUUUUCAGAAACCAGUCAGAAUUGUUCUCAAAGGCACAGUUGCCCAAUGGGCUUUCCCAAUGAGUGGUGUUUUGGGAACUGAUAGCUGGAUGCUACAGAGUCCAAUAGAUGGCAGAUCAAGUGAAAGAGUGUUAUUUCAGCAGCUGGCAAGGAAGCUGAUUGCUGAAGAGCUACAUCUGGUUGCCAGUGUGGAUCCUGGUGAAGGAUGGCCCCCUAUCACUGGAGUUAUUUCCCCCCUCUCUGCCAGUGCUACAACCCUCACUGUGUUCCGCACUGAGGACGCUGAAUUUCAAAGACAUUUUCUCCAAAGGAUUGUGGCAGAGAGCCCUCGGGACACAGCUCCCCUUUUGUCCGAUAUCACAAAUGAUGUAAUGAAGCAGAUUCAGAAUUCACUCAAAGAUCCUGCCUCUCCUGUGCCUGUUCCAGAGUGGGCCCAGCAGGAGCUUGGCCGCACCGUUCCCUGGAGCGCAGCUGUGCUGGACAAGUGGUUUCCUUUCUCUAACUUCAGUGGUGCAAGCUCCAAUUUAAUGGAAUCGUUCUGGUUACUACAAGCUGCCUCAGCUAAUAAGGAAAAGUCUUGCAAAACUGAAAAUGAGUUAACACGGUGCCUCUCUGAGUUCUACCAGAGAAAAUUUCGAGAAGAAUCCGCAGCAGCUAGUCAGGAAGACAGCAAAAGAAAACGGGGUGUUCCUCGUACUCCUGUGAGGCAGAAGAUGAACACCAUGUGCCGUUCCUUAAAGAUGUUGAAUGUUGCAAGGUUCAACGUAAAAGCUCAGAAGUUGCAGCCAGAUGGCAGUCCAGACAUGGCUGGAGAGAAAGGGAGCCAGAAGACAGCUGGUGGAAGAACAGCAGAUAAACUGGAAGACAGAGGAAGAACAUUAAGAAGUUCUAAACUUAAAGAUUUUAACACUGAGGAGGAACUACUGUCUCACUUACAAGAAAAUUAUCAACAGACUGUGGCCACUGGAGAAAUACCAUUGUGUUCAUGUGCUCAGAACAUGAUCGCAGCAUUUAAAGCAUUCUUAAAAUCCAAAGGCACCAAGGAAUUAGAAAUGAAUUGCUUGAAUCGAGUAAAAGAGAAUCUCUUCAAAACUAGCAAAAGCCUUCGACAGAAUCUAGGAAAGAAACUGGAUAAAGAAGCCAAAGUCAGAGAGUGUCAGCUUCAGGUAUUUCUUCGUUUGGAGAUGUGUCUGCAGUGCCCUUUGAUACAAGACAGCACAGAUAAUAUGGAGCAAGUCGUGGAGGAGGUGACAGAUUUGCUGCGCAUGGUGUGUUUAACUGAGGACCCAGCGUACCUGUCCAAAUUUCUGGAGGAAAUUUUGGAAUUGUAUAUCGACUCCAUUCCAAAGACACUUGGAAAUCUGUACUACAGCCUAGGCUUUGCAAUUCCUCAGAGACUGGCUGGUGUCCUUCCUACAGAUUUUUUCAGUGAUGACUCCAUGACGCAGGACAGCAAAUCACCAGAUCUUUCUGUGCCUCUUUUAACCAACACUCAUAGAUCAGUGUCAGAUAGCACUGAAUCUGACCAACUGGAGGAACUUCGUACCAGGUCAGCCAAGAAGAGAAGGAAAAAUGCAUUAAUCAGGCAUAAAAGCAUUGCAGAGGUUUCACAGAAUCUUCGACAAAUUGAAAUUCCCAAAGUGUCCAGGAGAGCUGCAAAACACGAGAAUUCUCACUCUACUUUCCAGCAGGCUCCAGUCCCAGUGAAAGAUGCAGUACAAGAAGUGACCAAAGUUCGAAGAAACCUCUUCAAUCAGAAAAUGCUUUCUCCUUCAAAGAGAUCACUAAAGCGGGGAUUGCCUCGAAGCCACUCGGUGUCAGCUGUGGAAGGUCUGGAGUAUAAACCUGACAACUUCAGGAGGACCAAAGAUUAUCAUAAAUUGCUGACUAAGAGUGUAGCAGAGACUCCAGAACAUAAGCAAAUCUCCAAAAGGCUGCUUCAUAGACAAAUCAAAGGCAGGUCCUCUGAUCCUGGUCCCGACACUGCCAUUGUUGAGGAGUCCCCUGAAAAGGAAGAAAAUGAACUAAGUUUAAGACGAAGCCCUCGAAUCAAGCAAUUGUUACUCAACAGGACACAUUCUGGCUUUUUCUAUUCUGCAUCUCAGCCAAAGUCUCGAAGUGUGCAGAGAGUUCAUUCGUUCCAGUACAGCAAGUCAGAUCAAAGAGAAAAUUCUCCUGCCAAAAGCAUUCGGUCUCCCAAGAGGCUUCUUUUUGGUGCCAUGUCUGAGAUGACCAGCCCCUCAGAGAAGGUCUCAGCUCAGAUUCAAAGGCCUUCAAGAACCACAUUGGAUUCUGAUGUGUCUACAACUUACCAAACUCCCAAGAAGAGCUCCUGGAAAUCCCCAAGGUCUUCCCAAGUAACACCACGAAAGCGUCCUCCUACACCACAGACUCCAUACUACACACCAGAAAGGCGGCUGGAGUCUCCUGCAGAAACAACUCCUACAACACGGGCCGCGUGGAAGGAGUCCUUAAGGAACCCCUCCUCAUAUGGCUGUGACUCCCCAUCUGAACUGGCAGUGACGCCUCGAAAACAAUACUCCCUGGCAGAAGGGCUUGCCGCUCCUCUUGAGAAGAUACCAAGAACUCCCAAAAGGCAUGCUGCUCAGCCACCUGAGAUUCUGCAAGCUUGUGCUUGGUCACAGUCGGUACCCUCCAGUCCAGAAAGCAUCUUGUGUCCUGCACCGACUGUCCACACAGGACUCCCACACCAUCUUAGAACACCCUCGAAAUCAGCAACCUUUGUAGGCAUGCAACAAAACCAAAGAUGUGAAAGUCCCCGGGGCCCUGGAGCAUCCCCGGCAGAGGAUACAGCAGAGACACUAAAGGGAAAGGCCAUCAGAACCUCAAAGACACUAGAAAACACACCUACGAUUUCUUCCCCACCCAUUUCUCCCAAGGAACCAUUUAAUUCUGCUUCCUGUACUGUUUCCAUGGAGAGUCCACGUAGGAAACCUGUCACAGACUCCCCUCCGCCUAGAGAGCUGGACUGGAGUGUACCCCAGGAAUCCUCCCAUGGAGCCACAUCGCUCUCAUGCCCUGUUCCUUCAACUUCCCCCAGAAUCUCACAGACGGGUACCUCUGGCACCCUCUCCCCUCUACCUCCUUCUAAAAUCACGAAACGGUGUCAAAACCCCUCUAAUCCUGAAAGAAGCUUCCCAGAGUGCCAGCCUACUGCCUCCCGUGCUCCUGUGGUUGGCUUCACUGAACCGCCAGCCACAGUCACAGACUCUAGAAGGGACCAUAAAGAAGGGAGCCUCUCUCUUCAGUCUCCUGAGAGACACAGUUACCCUGGGGUGGCUGAAGGGACAGACUGGAAUUUGUCCUCCCCUCUGCUUAUUGCAGAUGACACGGAUUACCUCCUGGACGAAAACGAACACGACAGUGAUCUCUGGAAAAGUAACAUUUCACCAGAGCAAGAUGAGGUGCUCGGGGCACUGGUGACCGACAAGCCGCCUUCUCUGUCCCACCCGGGGAUUCCUCCGUCUCCCCCUUCCUCUAGGCCUAGCUCUCCUCUGGAAGCUCCUUGUGGAGUGCGCUGCUUGGCAGACAGAAAGCCGGGUCAGUCUGCUGCACAGCCAGAGAACGAGCAAGCUUUAACUCAGGCUUCCAAAAGCUCAGGCGGCCCACAGACCUAUGAGGUUGAGCUGGAGAUGCAGGCUUCGGGCCUCCCCCGGCUUCGAAUUAAAAAGAGAGAGUCCAGAUCUGUGUCAGACGCUGUGCCCCUGAGGAAGGAGGACAUCUGUCUGGGGGAGGACAGCGCCUUUCCUGGGCUCCCCUCAGCCCGGGCCAGCAGACCCUCAGGCAGACCAGAAGCCAGCUACACAUCACCCCCCUGUCUGCGCUCCUCACACAGCACCCCCGGCAAGAGCGGAGGACAAACUUAUAUCUGUCAGUCCUGUACCCCAACCCGCUGCCCCCCCAGCACCCCUUCUCCUUUUCAAGCAGAGGUUGGGGUUCCUUGGACACCAUCUCCCAAGCACAAUGGAAAGACACCUCCAGAUGUAAUUAAAGACUGGCCCAGGAGAAAGAGGGCAGCGGACGGCAGCAGCAAUGUGGGGAGGAGCGAGGUGUGUGCGGAGCUUCUAGGGAGCGGAGCGGGACUCCAGCUGGAGGGGAAAGAGCCAGGGUUUGAGCCCCCCCUCAGCAAGACUUGCAUCUUGGGGGAUUUUGAGCUGGAGGGGGUGUGUCAGCUGCCAGACCUGUCGCCUCCCAGGAAUAUUAUCCCCAAGGCUGAGGAUACCUCCUGGGGACAGUUUGGAUUGGGCUCCAGGAAGAGGCUGCUUUGUGCCCAGGAAGAAGCUCAGUGUUGGGCAAAAAGAGUCUGUGACAGCCAGAGGGAAGACUCAGAAGCGAGCGUAGAGAAGUCUCCAAGUGCAAGUGUGGGGCAGCUUCCCUCCACCGGAGACGAGGAGGUCUUUGUUUCAGGCUCCACCCCACCAUCCAGCUGCAUUGUGCGGAGCUGCCUUUCUGCCAGCGGUCUCCAGGCGCUGACUCAGUCUCCCUUGCUGUUCCAGGGAAGAACACCUUCCUCUCAGCACAAAGAUGCCCCAGAUGAAGAUGUGGAUGUAUUUUCCUCCACUGCUGAAGAAUCUCCUUUCAGCCGAGCGUUCUCAAGGAGACGGCCCAUCAGCAGAACUUACACACGGAAGAAGCUGAUGAGCUAG